ACUUGAGUUUUUAUGCAAGAAAUAAUUUUAUUCUAUAAUGAUUAAUAGUUGACGAUUGGAUAAAAAAUUUUAAAAACCGCCAAAAAUUCGAAAGGUUAGCGCCAUGCUGGAGAACGGAAGACAUUAGCGACACGAGUGAGGAUCGAUGUAACUGAAAAGAAGUGAGUGAGACAAGACUAGUGGUCAGAGAGGAACGGCCAUGUUGUCGGAAAGUUGGGUUUGUAUUAAUGGGAUCUACGAUGUCGAUGAUAAUGCGUGCGAAGUAGUGUAAGUGUGUGCGCGCGUUUGAGUUACAUUAGUGUGCGUUGGCGCCUCCAAGAGAAGGGAGGUGGAGGCUCAUGACGGCCCUGGACCUCGUGCGUGCCGCUAGUAAAGUCCGAGCUUGUGGUUAGUGUGUAGUUGUCGGUCGUGACAGUAUCGCGUUAUGAUGUGCUUUGUUGCUAGUUAAAAAUCAACGACUACUUGGAAGUAAAAGCAACGAGUCAACGACAAAUAUAAUUAAUUGGUCUUGUAAACAAAUGUGGAUGACGAGAGUAACAAGAAACAAGAAGGCCAAGCUAACCAACCGGUGAGAUUUAUCGACAAGUGUAUUAAAACGCGCUUGGCAGUGAGUGUUAAAUGUAGUAAUUGUUAAAAUUUUGAAAGUUACCAAAGCGACGAUAAACUAUGAUUACCGUGGAUACAAGAAAUUAUGUCAAUCGCUGCUAGUCGAAAACGAAUGAGUGAUUGUUGUAAAUCAGUGUUAUGCGGUGCCAAAGCGCCGAAAGCCACGACGACGAGGAGGACAACGAGGAGGACAAGAACGAGAACGAGAACGAGGAGGAGAACGAGAAGGGAAGAAUUGGAGAAGCAACAGCUGGCCCAAGCGCAGGAGCAUUCGUAGCUUGUGAUUUUCUUCUUUGACUGUGGUCUCGAGUUGUUCAAGAGACUGAAGGAGAGGGUGAGAGAACGGGCAGUGAGAAGUCAAGCAGUAGUUUGUUGGUUCCAAGCGUCACACGCUAUUUCGAGUACACGACCGUGGCCCAGCGACGGUACAACGCUCUUCUUCUUCUUCGCCGGUAGUUCAACCAUUCUUGUUCACGUCAUCUCGUUCCUGGCUCUUGAGAACCAUCAACUGUCCACGUGUUGUGUACUUUAUUCAUCAACAAUUAAAAAUCAUACACCUGUAGGUGGAAUAAUUAUUCAAUUCACGUGGCAAAGUAUCAAAGUACUGGCCCCCAAAUGCACAAGCGGCUUAUCCUGUUUCAUGUUCAUGUUCUGGAGCAAACGGACGGUAUUAACUAGACGUCUGCUAAAGGCCAAGGUUCGCCGAGAGUAUGAAACCGAGUGUGAGACUCAAGAGGAUACAUCGACACGCAUCACUAGCACAAAUAGAGUAUCAGCUGAAGCUUCUGCUUGUUCUCCAGCAGUACAACAGCAUAAUAAAACGACCACUGUAGCAAAUUUACCUACUAGUUCUAGGAGAAGUGUUACAAGUCAACAUCAAGCUAAACGAACAACAACUACAAGCAACGUAACCACUCGAACUGGUGGACGUGGUACCCGGCUACAUCACGCUUGCUGUGGUGGUGCCGAUUCGCAAGACGAUCGUGACGACGAAGACGAAGAAGACGAGAGUUCAAACGAUAACGAAGACGAGGAAGCUGAUGAACGUUUAUUAAGGUGUAAAGAACUUCUUAAAACUUUGAAAGAAAAUCAACUGGAAAUGUUGCUUACAUCAAUUGAAAGUUACGGUGCCGAUUUAGGCUCAUGUGUUCUUGUUGCCGAAAGAUGUAUUCAAGAUUCAUCAGAACAAGAAGUAAAUAAUGAUCAACAGGAUCAUUGCCGACGUUAUCGUCACACUCAAAGAAAUUCUCGACAUCAUCAUCCUCUUCGUCAUCGACAUUCACAUCAUUUUACGCGGCAUCGUUCACGAUGUCGUCACUGUGAACUUCCUCAUGGUUUUACGAGUGGAGUUAAUGAAGACACUGAUGUACUAGAUGACACCUCGAGUCUUGAAGAACAACAUCGUUUACCAAUUACUGACACAAGACCAAGUUUUCUGCUACCACCAGCUCAUCUACUCUCCUGCCAGAUUUGGCGGUGGCCUGAUCUCAACCACUCAUCUGAGCUGAAAAAGCUACCAGUCUGUCAUUCCGCUAAAGAUCCAUCAUUUGUCUGCUGCAAUCCCUAUCAUUGGAGUCGACUCUGCAAACCUGAGUCGCCGCCACCCCCGUACUGUCUUACACCAGCGGAGAGAGGUGCAAUGAAACGCGAAGCUUCAGCUUGUGGUAUACAAUCACGUCAACCAGAUAACCGAUGUUAUGGAAAUACCACCGCACCCUUAAGACUUCCGGAAUCACUUACCACCGAUGGUGAAGACCGCACUGACUCGGAGAGAAAAGAGUGGUGUACAUUGGCAUACUGGGAACUUAGUGGUCGAGUUGGUAGACUUUAUCCUGUAGAAGCAUCAAUAAUAAGUGUCUUUGAGUCAGUUCAUGAUGGUGAUGGACUUUGCUUAGCAAGUCUUGCUGAGAAUCAUGGCUCUUCAGCAGCUGUUAGAAGGACGCGAAGUAAAAUUGGUCUAGGUUUGAUGUUGAGCCAAGAGGAUGAUGGUGUCUGGGCAUACAACCGGUCUGGUAGUCCAAUUUUUGUUAAUUCACCAACCCUUGAUGACCCAGAAUCGCGAACACUCUUAGUAUACCGAGUACCACCUGGAUUUUGUCUCAAUAUAUUUGAUAGAGCAAAAAGCCCACCGGUACGAUAUACUACUUAUAGUGAUCCACCAAAUGCAAGUGGUCCAGUUGAUGCUCAUUCUGUGAGGAUAAGUUUCGCCAAAGGAUGGGGUCCUAAGUACUCAAGACAAGAGGUCACUUCUUGUCCUUGCUGGUUAGAAGUUCUGCUUGCACCAUGCAGGUGAUCUUCUUGUUUCUAAUGCGUCACGCGAAUGUCGAUGCCGAUCGUGCCUUCCUCAACGAGAAAGAAUAAAAUGAAAGAGAACGGAAAUAAGAGUUACUUUGUAUUACGAAGAUGACCUGUUCUUUAUGACGAAGCCACUAGAGAGAAUACAAAUCUCUCUCUUCAUGCCUACGCAUUUCAAUAAUCAUGUGGAUAUAUAUAUUUUUUUUCUAUAUUCAUUUAUAAAUGAAUUGGUCAGUUGUACUACUAUAGUUGGCUAACUAGUCGACUUUUUAAUGAAUUGUACCUUAUAUUGUGGUCCAUGAUAAAUGUAACGUGAAUGGUUCCACAAUCAUUUAAGAAAAAACCUUCAUAUAUUAUUGGAUAAGAGAAUAUUAAAAAAAAAUCAUAAGAAUUUAUUAAAAAUAAAUAUUAACACGAUAACAUGGAUAAACGGGAUAUCCAUGUGUCGUUGCUUUACUGUUCGUUUAUUUAUUAAGUUUUUCUAGCUAUGAAAAGAUUCGUUUGUAAAUAAAAUUAUUUAUAAUACGUAUAUACACGCCAAUAAACGCGACGCUAAUUGCCAUAUAAUGUGGUUUGGUGAGAGUGUCAAAGAAUGAACAAGUUUGAUUGAUUGAAACCUCGUUUUGUAAUAUCCUGGAACAAUUUUAAAGGCUGCGUGACUGUUUUUAUUUGUAUGAUAUUGUCAUUUUUACAUACAAAAAUAAAAUGUAUGUAUUAUUUACGCUUUUUAAGAACGAAAUGUAAAAAAAAAUAUGUUAAUGGCUGAGUUGCGUCACCGUAAAAUUGCUGAUUAACAAAUAAUAGCGAUGAAAAAUUAAAACAAAUGUCUUUGUAAAAAAAUUUUAAAAAACAGUCCUCGAGUCUCAUGUUAAACCUCGCUCUUUUUAACUUUGGCUCAGGUAUUUUAUAAGUCGACAACAAUUGUUAUGCUCGAGUAUUGGAAAAUAUUUCAAUUAAAAAGACUGUAAACUACAGACUCUCAAAUAAAAUCGUCGCGACAAAGGAUUUGACGAGGAUUACAAAUGUCUAAUAAUAAUGAUAAUAACAAAGUCUAGCGUAAAAGUUGCCUCUGUGAAACAUUGUGCCUUUUAUAUAAAAUGUUGAUGAUAUGGAUCAUCGAAUUAGUCAGUAAAAUAACAAUGUAACGCGUUGUGACGCAACGUUAACGCAUUCGAUAAAUCAAACAAAUAUAAGAAUACCUAAGAAAACAGAGCCUUAUAAAUUUGGCCUGUUUACCGCAUAAAUUUGUCUGGUAUCCGCCAUUUCUGUAAACUUUUAUAAACAAUUUUCCCUCGUACUUUUUUUUAUACUAUUUAAUAGAUUGAACGAAUGAUGCCUUGAUUUUUUAUACCUGCCAAAAAAUAAAUUAUAAAAUUACUGUCAUGCAAUAAAUUUCUACUUAUCGAUUAUUAGUAGUAAUAGGUGAUAAUAAUUCAAAAAAAAAACAAUUGUUCUCAAAAUUUAAUGAAAGAGGGAAUUAUACAAAUAUUUAUAGAACCAUUUGUCGAGAUUUUAAGUAAACUUGAAAUGUAUUAUCUAUCGGCGGAUUUCUCGUGUAUGUUAUAAACAUUUAUUAAUGCUAUUAAUAGUACUAUUAUGAUGAUUAUUACAAUGAUAAAUAUAAAUAAUAAUUACAAUGAUUAAUAAUACAAUACAGUUUUUAGAUUAAAAUCAUCUUACAUCUACAAGUAUCGCCAAUAUCUUAUUCGUCAUCGUUGACGCGAUGAAAUUGAAUUUAAGAUGGCAAUAAUUAUUAAAAGCAAUAGCCAAGUGAUUAAUGAGGUGAUGCAAUUAUAAUAAAUUAACCGGAAUAUUUUACUCCGGAUUUAAUUUUUUUUUUAACUAAUAUUAUUUUCAAUACAUUUUUAUUCGAGUCGAGGACUGCGGCACGCGCAAUAUUUGUUACAUCUAGGUUUAAUAAUUUUUUCAUAAAACCUGGUGUACCAAUUGAUGACGAAACUAUUUGUAAUAUUAAACGAAAGUUGACUGGAUUUUGUUGAUUUCUAUUUAAAAAAGGAUAUGAAAAAUACAUGAGAUUAAAAAUUAUCUAAUGAUAAGCCUUUUUAUAUUUUCUAAAAAAACUUAUUUAUAAUAAUAUUUUUUGUGUCUAGAUGCAAGUUUUUCUUGACAGUGAUAAAAAAAGAAAGCAAGACUCUAAAUGCUAAAAAAAAAAAUAGAACAAUUCUUUCUAACAGUCAUUUAUUAUUAAUCAUAAUAAAAAAAUUUGUAUUAUUGUAUAUACUUAUAAAUGCUAACAAGAAAAAUGAAUACUUUAUAACUAGUGUCUAUAAGUAGACCAAAAGCAAUAUUGAUGCUUAUAGUACCAAUCCUUCCGAAAUAAGACGUCAUAAAAAUUGUCAAAGCACUGAAUCCAAUUUAGUGAAUUGGAAGUAUAUCCACAACAACGCUAUUAAGUACAAUGUUUGCUGCUGUGAGUGCUGCUGAAAAUAUACUAGCUACGACAAGAAUUUAAGUAGAUGAUUUGACAAAGUAAAUAGCAAAGCCUGCAAGUCUGGCUACCAGUGAUGUUGUUACUAUAAAAAUAACAGUUGAUGAAUAAAUAAAUAAAUCUUUAUGUUUAUUA